UAGCUUGUGGGACCGGCCACAUAUCGAGAGCUGAGACUUGCUGGAGGCUCCCGCCAAGCGGCCGCUUUCCGCGCACCGCCGCAUCUCCCGGUAAUGUUCACGUUUCCUUCUUACAGUUUCCUCGUCUCGUAGUAAGUAGUUAGCCACGUGCCUGUGCGGCAUCUAGACAAGAAUUGCGUGGCCAGUAACAGAAUACUGUUCAGCACGAAUUUAAAAGUGGCUUUCACAGCGCUUGUCACACUUCUACGGUUUUAGUAGCAAGGUUGCACACCUAAAACGGUUUAACAGUCAUGGCUGACUUCUCUCCUCUGUAUCACGGCUCCCCCGGUACGACCACAUUCGGCGUGACUAUUACGAGCAACGCGGGUCGGGAACUCUCUCCGUGGCACGGCGUGCCUCUCCGGACCGCCUCUGGCGCUUUCCACGUCGUCUGCGCAACGCCUAGGGGCGCCUGGGCUGAUUGCCACGUGGCAACGCAAGACAGGCUAGAGCCUCUCCGCCAUCGCCUGAAAGUUAAAGGAGCGCCGUCUGGUAACGCCGACACGAGGCAGGUUGUUGAGCUCCCGCGCCCUUCCCCCUGGAACUGCGGAAUCGUUCCGCAAACAUCCGCGGCGCGGCGCGCGUCCGCGGCGAAAGCGGAGCUGCCCUCUUCUCCGCCUCAGAACCACUUCCCCUGGGCGGCGGAAGCGGAGACUUUAGGGGGAAGCCGAGGUGUUAGAAGUAGUAGCGCGUGCAGCAGCGGGCCAAUCACAGGCCGUGCUUCGCUCCCCGCAACUCCCGCGCCAUCCGCCGCUGCCUGCGGCCCGGUGGAAGUGGUGGAGGUAGGGCGGCGCGCGCGCGCUAUCGGAGAGGUGUACCCGGUGGAGGUGGUAGCUGCGAUGGGCGUGCAGGACAGGCAGAGCGGGCGCCUGGUGUGGACCGUGGUGGCCGGGGAGGGCAGAGGGGAGAGGUGGGGGAGGAGGUCCGCGCAUCUGCGCGUGGUGCUGGGUCAGAUUAAGGAGUGGUUGAAGUCCCAACAGAGCGAUCAAGAACCGCUAUUCGCGCAGCACCUGUCUCCGCGCGAGGUGUUCUGCGAAACCGACCCCCUCCGCGUGUCCGCCGUGCUGCUGGACGCGCACGCCGAGUGGCGGAGCCUCUGGGGGGAACCGCGCGGGGGGAGAGUGCGGAGUGCCUCCGGAGACGCGGACGCGGGGGGAUGGGGAGGCGCGCGGAAAGAGAGGGGCGCGCAGGCGGCAAUGGGGCGCGCAGCGUUGAGGGGGCGGUCAGGCCCCUUGAGCAGCAGGGUGCGGGAGCACGAGCAGGAAAGAAAACUUCCGCUGGGCAGGAAGAACAGUUGGCACGCGUUGUCGGAGGAAGCGCAUGGGGAGGAGUCCUCGCGAGGGCGAGGGCGAGGGCAGCACGAGCCGCUCGUCACGAGCAGCAGUAGCAGCAGCAGCACGGGGAGCAGCAGAAUUCAGCAGGAAGACAGCGAGCAAAACAGCGACACACGGGAAAGCGGCAUGGGCAGUGGCAGUGGCGUUAGUGCUGGCGCUGGCAUAGCUAUGCAACCAUACUCGGCUGACUCCUCCACUCGCUACUCUCCCAUCCCUUACUCCGCCCCCCUUUUUAAAUCCCCGGUCCCCCACUCGUGCCACUUCCCCAACCCCCCCUCGUUCCCCCCUUCCUCCUCCCUCCCAGGAGCGUCCUCCAAUAACAAGAAGCCUGUGUUUGGAAGCACGCUGCUGGCCGCUUGGGAUAGCGAUGAGGAGGAGGAGGAGAGGGGGGGUGUUCGCGGCAAGAGCAGGGGGAGGAUUGGCGGUGGUGGGAACAAAGGCGGGUGGGCGUGGGGAGGCGGAGGAGGGGGAGUGACAGCAGGAGGAGGAGGAGGAGGAGAAAGAGGAAGAGAAAGGGGAUGGGAGCAGGAAAUGUAUGGAGUGGAGGUGUUUGCUGCUACACCCGUGGACGAUGCGGAUGACGAUGAUGACUAUGACUAUGACUAUGGCUAUGGUGGUAAUUAUUCUGCUCAGAAUGGGUCUUCUAUCCCUUGUGCGAUAGGCGAGGCUGAAUGUGCUGCUGUUGCUGGGGUGAGCGAGGGGGGCGCUGUGCAGAGGCUGGGCCGGCGACGCUCACUGGGGGCCGUGCCUGUGUCCGCCGCGCUAAGGAACGCCACUAAUGGCACGGAGGGUACGGGUAGCACGAGUGGCUCGAGUGGUGGUGGUGCUGCUGACAGUGGUGCUGGGGGGGGAGGAGGAGGAGGCGGGGCGUCGGUUGAGGCGGAGGGGCGGCGAAACCUGCGGCGGACGAUCAUGGGGAGGCUGAAGCGCACUGCGCACAGCUGGAAGGAGGGGUUCGGAGGGGGGAGGGGGGGCGUGGAGGAACGGGAGAGGGUGAGGAGUGGGCGGUGUGGGAAGAAGCGAGCGGGGUCGGAUGACUUGAGCAGUGUGAGGGAGGGGAGUGUGGUGGAUUUCAGUGCGGUGGAGUGCAGUGAGGUGCAAGGCUCGCUCCUGCGGCUGAGGAGUCAAGAGAUUAGAAGGCCGGACUGGGGGGGAGAGGCUGGUGGGCUGAGUCGGAUAGUCGGAAGGCAAGAGCAGAGGGAUGUGAGAGGGGAAGGAGAGGAGGAUAUGGAGGAAAGGGAGGGGGUGUGUGGUGAGAAGAGGAAGGAGGACUUAGGGAUUGGAAGUGUGGGGAGCGACGGGGAGGAGGAAGAGGAGGGGGAGUUGGAUGAGGCGAGGAGAGUGAGGAUGGAGCAACAAAUGAGAGAGAUGCUGCUGCAGGAGGAGACAUGUGGGCACGGGAUGGAGACAGGGACAGGGGCAAGGGCAGGGGCAGGGAAGGGUGCCAGUGAGCUACAGCAGGAACAGGAACAGCUUUGUCAAGAGCCUAGCCAUGCGGCUGGUGCAGCUGGUGCGGCUGGUGCUACUGGCGCUGCUGUGUUUGCCUCAUCUGGUGGGUCCGUUGUUGUGCUGGGCGGCUCUGCUGGUCGUGCUGCUACCGGCGUCUGUCUCUCGCCUGCUGCAGCUCCCCUCAAUGGUAUCAGAGCAGCAGUAAUCGUUUCACCUGGAAGCUACUCUCCUGCAGUCAACUCAGCAGCAGCAGCAGCAGCAGCAGCAGCAGCAGGUACUUAUGGCACUUGUGCUGCAGCUUCUGCAACAGUGGCAGCAGCUGCCGCACGUGAAGCAUCUGGGGUAGGUAUGUGUGGAGGGGGAGUGGCUGGCCCAUCCUUGCAUGCCCGCCAAUACAGCCACAGCAGUGCCACCUGCAGCAGCAGCAGCGGCAGCAGCGGUGGUGGUGGUAUUGGCAGCAGUGUUCGCAUCACGAGCAGCCUCAGUAGCAGCGCUAGCAUUGGUGGUAACAGCAGCACGAGCAACAGCCGCAGCAGCAGCACUAGCAAUGUGAGCAGCAUGGGGGGCUUCAUUCAGACACACCACCAACAGCACCGGCAGCAGCAACUACAAAAGCCGCCGCAGCAGCAGCAGCAGCAGCGUGUCAUGAUGCAUGUGCGACGGAGCAGUGACAGCAGCAGCAACCUCUUCCUGCGCCGCCUGUACCGCUCCACAGCCAGUGCCACCAACUCCCGCCCCUCCUCCCCCAACAUCCCCUCUCCCACUCUUUCCUCCUCCCCCACCCUCUCCUCCUCGCCAACCCUCUCCUCCUCCCCCACCCUCCUCUCCUCCCCCACUCUCUCCUCCUCCUCUCCCCCUCCCGUCCCCCACCAGCUGCGCCCCCUGCGCCUGCCCUCUGCCCCCAAAGCGCUUUUCGCCCCAUCCGCCCGCUCUUCCUCCUCUGUCCGCGCUGCUGCUCUCUUUCCCAGAGGCGGCUCUAUGGGCUCUGCCAUUCCCUCAACGGCUGGAGCACGCGUGCCUACCGCCUCCCCUCCUGCCUCGUCCUCCUCCCGCUCACCCCGCGCCCGCAUGCUCUGGCCCCGGAGGGGGGGAGCUGCUGCUGAAAAGUCUGCUGGUGCUGAAAGAAACGAUUCGUCUUCUGGUGCAGGAGCGAAGGCAGGAGGAGAGGGGGCGGGAGGAGGAGAAAGAGAGAAGCAGGAUGGGGAGCACACGAGUCCUGCAUCUGGUUCUCAUCCCGCCAGGCAAUCACCCAGUACCUCUCCCACGUCUGUGCGAGCACCGCUCUCCCAUCGGCGCCUCCCUGCCCCUAGAGGCAUCAUCCCUCCCCUGCUCACUCCUCAACCACGAAGCUCCAGAAACCAUAGCAGCAGCAGCGGCGGUGGUGGCGGCAGUAGCAGCAGCAGCAGUGUGUGGGAUGACAGCAGGACGCCAGGUCCUGGCAGCACCGCCACCAGCCACACUUACUUCUCCCCUGCGGAUGCUGCCAUUACCACUACCACUACCACUACCACUACCACCUCCUCCCCUCGUUCCUGCCUCUCCCAUCACUCCUCGCUCUCUCCUCGCUCCUCGCUCUCCCCUCACACCUCACUCUCCCCUCGCUCCUCGCUCUCUCCUAGCAAGCGCCGCAGCAGUGGUGGCAGCUUGGGUGGCGGGAUAGGAGCAGCGAUGCACCAUCUGCGUAGCUUCCCCUUGCGCGCCCUGGGGUCGCUUAGUCCCUCUGGAGCUGCUGCUGCUGUCGCUGCUGCUGCUGCCGCUGCUGCUCCUGCUGCCACUGCUCCAGCUGCUGCUUCGGCUGAUCCUGCUGCUGCCAGUAAGAGCAGUCCUGGAGUAUCAAUGGAAGACUGGCACGAGCCACACACGAGUGGUUCCCCAGCUGCAGCAGGUACAGUUGCAUGUAUGGAAGGGAGUGUGAAUUCCAGUGACACGGUGAGUGAGAAAGGGAGUGAGAGUGUGAAUGAGAGUGUGAGUGCGAGUGCGAGUGAGAAGGCAUCUCAAGCCUGCUCCGUGGCCCGCUGUGGAAGCAUGGGGGACCUGCGAGGCAGUUAUUACACCAGCCCGCAAUUCCGCUCCUCUCCUCCUCCCGCUCCUGCCCCACCUCCCUCGCACGCCCUGCCACCCACCCAUCCACUCGCCUACUCUUGUGCCCGUGCCUCGGUGCAUGGGUCUCCCUCUGCACCCAACACCCCUCCCACUGCUGCCACGCCUUCUCUGCCGUUGGCACUGCCACCCCACACCCAGCAGCAGCAACACAAGCAACAACCCCUACAGCACCAACCCCAACAGCAACAGCAGCACCAGCACCAGCAGCAGCAGCCACAGCAGCAGCAGCAGCAGACGCCAGCGGCAGCAGGCCAUCGCAGGCAGCGCAGCAGGUGGCGCAAGAUAGAGCUGGGGGGCUCGCAGCGGCCCUCCCUAGGCGCGCACCACAGGGCCAGCAGCGUGGGGGACUACACCCACUGCCUUGCUGCAAGGGCUUCUGCGCCUGGAGAGGAGCUGGUAGGGGCAGGCAGGGUGGACGGGUGGGAGAAGGAGGAACGAGCGAGUGGGGCCAGCAGCUUGGGGGUAGGGGGCAUGGAUCGGGGCGUUUUCCCAGGCUUGAGUGGGGCGGAUAGUGCAUGGGUGGACUCAGGAGCGGCAGCAGCGCAGGUGGUGGUGGCAGCAGCGGCGGCGGCUUGCAAUGUGUGGUACCAUACAGGGCAUGGGCAUGGGCGGGUGGGGUCAGAGGGGCUCUGCGGGGUGAGUGGUGCAGGGGGGUACGGGAGGGGUUCUGACGUAAGUGCUGAUGGGGCUGCUGCUAGUGCUGCCAGUGUUCCCAGUCCUCCUCCUGAUGCCACGGGCGAGUUGGUGCUGGAUUCCAGAGGCAGAAUUGAUGGCAGGGGUUUUGAAAGCGCGGACGGAGUGGGGUCUGGGGAGGAGUUUGGCAGGGAUCUUAGCUUGCGGUGGAUGGGAGGUGAUGGUGUGCGGGGCGAUUGUGCCGAUUGUGGUGGUUGUGGUGAUUGUAGUGAUGGGCAUAAUGUGCCGGGUGUGCGUGUGUUGCAGUUGCCGUUCAAAGGAACAGGGGAAGAGAGAGAGUGUGAGCAUGGAGAGAGUGGGGAGGAAGGGAGUGAUGAGGGAGGGAGUGAGGAGGAUGAAAAGGAGAGGAACGUGGGCGAGAAGAAUGAAGAGGGAGGAGAGGGUGAGAAGAAGAGGAAUUAUGCUGAAAGGGCGGGGAGGAGGGAAGGUUCGAGGGUGGAGGCGGAAGUCGAAGAAGAGAGGCGAGAGGCGGAAGAUCAUGGUGAAGAAUUGGGGGAGGGAGAGGGCGCAGUGGAUGAAGGGGGAGAAGAGGAAGAGGGAGAGGGAGAGGAAGAGGGAGAUGAAGAGGUAGAGGAAGAGGAAGAAGAGGACAAGGCUGAAGUGCCUGGCAAGGGUAAAGCCGGCAAGGAAGGGUCGCCACAUAGCCCAUCCCACCGGUACCCAUCUCCCUCCCCACCAUCCCAAGCACCUGCCUCUGAGCCAUCAUGCCUUCACGUGAAACCAGUCAGCGCGAGCGUGGAAGACAAAGUGCCUGGAAACCCAAGUGCCCCCUGUGUGGACUUGGCAUUGGGGUCACCUGUGGUGGUGGCGGUAUCUCAGCAACUUGACCUCCCGUCCUCCGUAGAAGGUUGCUUUCACCAUCGAGUGCCGUCCUUUGAGUUUGUGGGGAUGGUUGGGCCACGCAAGGGACGUAGCAUCGCGAGGACCGAUGCAGCAGCAGCAGCUACGCAUCUUACCACAUUUGCAUAAGAAUUUGUCAUGUGGUUUAUAAUUACCAUAUACAUUUUUAGUCUGUUAAUUAUUUUGCGAUCAUAUAUGGUAC